AUGGAUGCAUUCCUUGGUAGAAAGAAGUACACAUCCUUCCUUGGAGCCGAGGGUGUCCACCUCCGAGCGUGGCUUCCGUCCAACUUGCGCGCCUUUAUUGCGGCUAUCGAGUACCACUACCGCAUCCCCGAAUUCGUUCAACAGUCCGGUGACCCACGUCUUAUGGGUGUACUUGAUGGUAUUGUCGAGGCUUAUACCGGAGAACGUGGCUUUAUGGGAGUUCACCGUUACAAGGUUUUUGGGAUCCUCGAAGUCGCGGCCAAGACUGGCCGCACCGAGACCAAUGGCGCUUCAGGUGCAGCAGACGGCGAAAGACCUUGGGAGGAAACACAUCGUCAGUUUUCUGAGGCCAUGAAGGAACGCUUGGAGCCUUACCGAGGCGCUCUGCCUGUAGAGCCCCAUCAAAUGAGAGGCACGUUCGAAGAGUGCCGCUAUGUCACUCGGGUCCUGAGCAGAUCUUUUGUGGAUUCUGAUCCAACACGGUCCAUCGCGAUGGUGACCCUAGACAUCCGCGAGACUGGAAUCACUUUUGCCCCAGGAGAUCGCUUGGCAGUGAUGCCCCUCAACGGCUGGGAAGAGUGCGUCAAAGUCAUCGUUGCCCUUGGCUUGGAAGAAUAUAUCGAUACACCAGUAGAAGUAAGCGGAACCUGGGCUCGUUUUGAGAUGCAUCUUGGAUCUGUCAGAAGAACGGCGACGCCCAAGUUGACUGUUGGCGACAUUCUGCGACGAGGUCAUUUGGCCCCUAUCACCAAGGACAUGGCAAUCAAGAUUCACGGCAUGCUGCAUGCUUCCUCCAACACCGUCUUGCAGGUUCUCAGUACAGAUGAGUGGCCUGUCAGGGGCUCCUUGGGUGAUUUAUUGCAGGACGCCGUCACCGAUACGCCGUCUCAGAUCUGGGACCAAGUUUUCAACCUCGAAAACUUAUCAUGGUUGGCUGAGCUAAUCUCUGUUGAAGUUCCGCGAACAUACUCUAUCGCCAGUCACAGCGAAGAUCUUCUGCCAGAGACUGUCGACCUUGCUGUUUCCAGAUCGGAGUACAAGUUGUGCUCCACCUUCUCCAAAGGCAAGGAGGUCUCACGCGCAGGUGUAUCCAGCGGAUUUCUCAACCCACCUGUGGAUAUGGGAGUGAUCGACUCUGAUGAUGAGAUCCUCAUCGGCGUCUCACGACCGGCAGCUUUCCACCUGCCUCUCGAUCCAAUGGCACCCUGUGCCUUUUUCGCUGGCGGGAGUGGCAUUGCCCCAUUCCGGAGUUUCUGGCAAGCACGCCUUGCCCAGAGCGGUCUGUCUGGAGGCAAGAACCUGCUGUAUCUUGGUGUCCAGUCGCGCGAAAAGUUUUGUUUUGAGGAAGAGUUGCGGCAGUACGUCAACGCAGACUUCAUGGAAGUUCAUGUUGCUUUCUCCAGAGACUCUCGUGGCCUCGCAUACGAGGGCCGCGAUCUUGUUGACAAGCAUACCCCACCUCGCUAUAUCGAUACUCUAAUUGUUGAACAGGGCGUAGCGAUUUGUGAUCUCGUUAUGUCCAAGAAGCAGGGUGGUCUCGGUGGCUAUCUGUAUGUCUGCGGUUCUGUCUCAGUUUUCGAUUCCGUCAUGAACGGAAUCCGAAAGGCAAUCUAUACCUACAGAACAGCCACAGAGAAGGGUGUCGAUGUCAUUAUCAACAAAGCCUUCGCGGAAAGAAGGUUCAUGCUCGAUGUCUUCAUGACGCCGAAGCCAUUACCAUGCAACUUGCCGACGAUUCCCAUGUCCGAAUUGGCGCUGCAUACCGGUCACCGCCCUGGUUCUCGCAUGUGGAUUGGGGUCCACGGAAGCGUCUACGAUGUCACCGACUUUUGUCCGAUGCAUCCCGGAGGUACGCUUAUCAUCAAGUCUAAUGCCGGCGUUGAUUGCUCCAAAUCCUUUGACAAUCUCGCCCAUACAAACAAUCCUGAGGUCUCUAGUCUCCUGUCGAAAUAUUUUGUCGGACACUUGACUCCUAAGCCUGAUUACGGUAACGAUGAGGUCUCCACUCUCCACGAUCUUUGGUCAGCAUAUCUUCGAUCCACGGUCGAGACGCUGGUGGCUCACCAGUUUGAAAUGUACGAGAUCAUGGGCGCAUCUCUCGAAACAUCCUCAUCUUAUGACCCGGCGGGCAGCAACAACAUUUGGCUACGCGAGAGCCUGCCCAACAUCAUCGCUGUCCGUACAUUCUACGGAUACCAAAGUCGACUUCUACAGGGUGGUUUCGCUGCACUGUUUGGCCCCAAGCUUCAAGAGCUCGUCCUUAAAUUGUCCUUCGGCGUUGCUAGCGCUAAUGGCCCAGCUGCGGACACCAAGCUGCCAGACGUCCUGGGGACAGUAGCGCGGGCGAAGACAAGCGGAGACGCAGCGGCCUGUACCAAAGAAGUUGCCCUGGUAGGUCAAUUUGUCUGUGACGCCGAAGCAUCUUUGCGUUUCCAAGAGCGCGGAGUGUUCGCCUACGCUGCUCGCAGCGUUGAGCUCGACAUUGCCCUCUUGGAGGAUCUCCGCCAGGAAGCCUGCACUGGUAUGGACGCCUUGAAUAGCAUCGCAAACUCUUUCAGAGAAUCCUCUGAUCCCGACGUCGAGAACGCCCGCCUCACUGCUCUAUCUACCUUUCUUCUCCAGGUUCUUGAGCGUAUGGCGCGACACCUUGAAGUCUUCUACACUCAGCUCGCCCGAUGCUCUGUCUACCAGCCUCAACUCGAACAGAACCCGGCCCGGACACGCUGGGCCCUCGUCCGCCGCCGCAUCAGAGACGGAAGCCUCUUUGUUCUGGCAACCAAGGCGGAACUUAAUCCGAGCAUGCUAGAACAGCAGACCUCGGUAGCGUAUUACAUGUCCCGCGCGAACCCGAAUCAGAACAUCGACUUUGACCGCGUCAUGGCGCAGGUACAGGCAAGCUUGCGGGCCGGUAGUCAGGGCGCCGCAAACUCAUACCAUUCUGCGCAUCUGCCGCAGCCACUUACCCUCAACGCUGUGCAUCAGGCCAGAGGUCGCAGCACAGGCGAUGUCAGCGCGGUCGCGAGCCGUGAGAACGCGGGGGCACUUAGAGCCAUGAACACCUUUGUUGAGAAAAAUAGCCGUGCGAUCCGCAGACUGAGCAAGAUGCCAGCUGUAACCAUGAGCUUCGAGGAUAUCCAAAAAGCCGCCCUACUUGAGAUGUCUCAGCAUAGCGGCCCGCGGUCGCCGCCAGAGAUAACUGGCGACAUGUUGGGCCUGGGCUCAGAGCAUGCGAUGAGACUUGGCAAGCAUGGUUACGACAACAGGGAUAGAGUCCUUCCUACCCCGCCAUCGAGCCGUGGUUCAAGCCGUUCACCUACCAGGUUCACUCGUACAUUUGGUAUAAAUCAGAAACAUGGCAGGUCGACCGCAGAGAUGCUAUUAUCCAAUCUCAAUAGGCCCCGCAGUGCGUCCCUCUCCAGAGGAGCACCAUCAAGUACCAAUUCGCCCGCUCCAUACCCUGUCAUCGGCUCUCCGUCGCCACCGUCUGGACAUCCUGCUGUUGAUGCGCAGACAGCCCUGAGCUCGAUGAUGAGCCGUCUAAACACAAGACCGCGCAGCGGAUCCGCAACAAUGUCUGCCAGUCGUCAGAACUCAUCAAUGGACGGUGGUGCUCUGGUGCGUACAAGGUCCGUCAUUAGUAUGGGCAGCGCGGGGGCUAUGAGAGGAGAUGGUAGACCAAGGCACGUCUCGCAGACAUCCAUGAGCUCGUUGCGUUCUCUAAAGCUGAGGAGUGUCAUGGAACGGAGCGAGGAGAGAGUCGCACCUACGUUUUGA